AUGACGGCUAACCCGAAGUCAAUUGAUAGAUUCUGCAUGAAGGAACUGCUUGGAACUGGUGCCUUUUCGGAGGUGCGUUUGGCUGAAGAUAAAUUGAAUCCCGGCACUUUUUGUGCGAUAAAAUGUAUAAGAAAACGUAGUCAUCAAAAGCAAAGCGAAGAAGAUGCUCCUAAUGAGGAUGACUUUAAGUCACGAGAAGCUUCUUUAAAAAAUGAAAUCUCUGUUUUGCGGAGGCUCAGUCAUCCAAAUAUUGUGCAGUUAAUUGAUGCGUUUGAGGAUGAAGAUUCGUACUACCUAAUAAUGGAGCUGGUGACAGGCGGUGAACUCUUCGAUCGCAUUGUUGACAAAGGCAGUUUCACAGAGAAGGAUGCUAGUGAUCUAAUACGACAGGUCCUUCUGGCCACCGAAUAUAUGCACAGUCGCGAAGUGGUUCAUAGAGACUUGAAGGCAAGCGUUCUUUGGUUUUUCCCAAUCACAACUUCUGAUGAGUUAGAAGCCAUGGGCCGGCAUACUUACAACAUUGCUAUUGUUGUAAUUACCCACUGUUACAUAACGAAUGGAAGGAUUUAUAUUGUCGUUCGCUGCGAGCACAGAAAUGGAGGCAAUACUCGUACUCCACGUAAGCCGGAGAAUCUGCUCUUCUACAGUCCACUGCCAACGAGUAAGAUCAUGAUUAGUGAUUUUGGGCUUUCAAGAAUCGACGAGAAUGAGGGGCCACUUUCUGCAGCCUGCGGCACUCCGGGUUACGUCGCUCCGGAAGUUCUUUCUGCACAAUCGGGAAAAAAAGGCUAUGGGAAGGAAGUUGACUGCUGGGCUAUUGGUGUUAUCACCUACAUCCUGCUGUGUGGAUACCCUCCUUUCUACGAUGAAAGUGAUCAAGAACUGUUCCGACAAAUACAAAAGGCUCGUUACGAGUUCGACUCACCCUACUGGGAUGAAAUAUCUGAUUCAGCAAAGAGCUUCAUCCGCAGUCUGCUGCAGAAGGAUCCUAGCCGAAGGGCGAGUUGCGCGGAGGCGCUGGCACACCCUUGGAUCGCCCAAAAUGCUGCCCGCGACGUGAACAUCUAUGCUCACGUGAGCGAAAACAUCCGCAAAAACUUUCUCGUCCGUCAGCGCUGGAAAAAAAUAUACAAUGCAACAGCAGCCCUUCAGAUGUUUAUGAAGCUGCAAAUCAAAUCCGGUCCCACCCCUAGCAAGCCCGAGGCAGUGAUUCGGUAG